AUGCAUGCUGGGGUAAUGAGAAGAGCUGUAAGUUGUAUUGUGAUGUCGUCAAAGAAAAGGAAUGCUGUAGUGGGAUGCGCCAAUUGCUCAAGUUAUGUACAAGCUAAAGAUCUGGAUAUGCAUCAGAAAAUGUGCGUGGAAAAUAGUGAAUAUGGCAGCGAAUUUUUGCUGCAUUCGAACGUGAAUCUUUUAGUUCCUAAUAUUGGUAUACUUACUACGAGUCAAGGUUUAACAGGCAUUUCGAAAUUUUUGCCACCUGAUCUAAUAGGAUGGGAAAAAUCGAAUUUUGUAUUAAUGCAUCCAAAUACAAUGAACAAACUUCCUGUAUUACCUCGUCAACCCUGCCUGUUGUGUAGUAUCGAUGAUAAUAGCAACAGUUAUGCAAUGAAAAAUAUUUGCUGUGUAACAGUUUGGCCGUGUGAACAGGUGAAGGAAUUGUAUAUUUUUGCUCAUACUUCUAAAGCUGAUUCAAAAUAUCUCAUCAGUCUAGUGAAUAGUGAAAGUAUUCGAAGAACAUCAAUCAUACAGUUACGCCCAUCUGCAGGUCAUUUCUCUCCAGUUUAUGCCAGAAAACACUUCCGUGAUUAUCUAACAGUCUACCUAUCAAAUGCAUAUUUAUUAGCCACAUCACCUAUAUGCGUCCAUUAUUAUGGACAGGAGCAUUUUUUUGAUAUUGUAAUGUCCACUGAAAAAAAGAUGGAGAUGUUGGAUAUCUCUAAUUUCUCGCGGCCAGUGUUGUUGAAACCGAAAUCUGAUUGCAUAUAUCACAUUAUUGAUACUACAGUCCCAGUGAUGACUUCUGCUCCUCUUUCAUUCGAUUGUUUUGGUGGAGCAGAGAGCGUCAAGAUGGAAAUUGAGGAAGCUUUAAUAGAACCCUUAAGAAAAGGAAAAGAAGCAUGCUCAGUAAUACUCUCAGGAUACACAGGAUGUGGAAAAACCCUGAUGUUACUUAUAAUUCAAGAGUGUUUGCAAGAUAAGGCUAUUCAGUUAUCAAAUGAGGAAGAAUUCGAAAAUUUUCUUGAGAAUGGUGCCAGUAAUUCUCACAAGCAAAUGGCUGUCUUGAUUGAUCGUUUUGAAAAUUUCACCCAGUUUAGUGAAAAAUUAUGCAAUUUCAUGGAUACAAAUUCAAAUUUCGUGUUUGUAUUAACCGUGCGUAAUAUCGAAGCUGUUGAUUUACCUUUACGUGGAAGAUUUCCUUGUGAAAUGGAAUUACUGGUACCUUCAUUGCCUGAAAGAAUGGAGAUCCUGCAUUUGUUUUUCAAAUCAAGACAAAUAAAACUUUCUCUUGCUACGAAUAUUAUCAGAAACAUUGCAGAGAAAACACAUGGGUAUACUGGUGGUGAUUUGAAAGCCCUUUUUCAUCGCGUUUGGGCCAAUUUUCAUUCCAAUGACAUUGGUGAUAUUUUACAGCGUUUCGACUUUGCUCUAAAACGUAUGCGUCCAGCUGGUAUUCGACAAUUUGUACUUCAAGUCCCUGAUGUUCGUUGGGAAGAUAUUGGGGGAAAUGAGGCUUUAAAAAGAAAAAUCGAACAAGCAGUUUUGUGGCCAUAUCAAUAUCCAGAAAUUUUUGAACGGUUUGGUUCGAAGCCUCCAUCAGGAAUAUUACUUUAUGGACCACCCGGUUGUAGUAAGACUCUUAUAGCACGGGCUGUUGCAUCUGUAUCACAUAUGAAUUUCCUUGCUGUCAAAGGACCUGAAUUAUUCAGUAAAUGGGUUGGUGAAUCAGAAAGAGCCAUAAGAGAGCUUUUUAGGAGAGCGCGACAGGUAGCUCCUUCAGUUAUCUUUUUUGAUGAAAUUGAUGCUGUGGGUGCAAAUCGCGGUGAGCGAAACGAAAGUCAUGUUGGUGAACGUGUGUUAACGCAGCUACUUACUGAAUUAGAUGGGUUGGAGGAUAAAGGCUAUGUACUCGUAUUGGCAGCGACGAAUCGACCAGACAGAUUGGACAACGCGUUACUCAGACCGGGCAGAUUCAAUCUUACUAUUCAUGUUCCUCUGCCAGAUCUAGAAACCAGGCAGCUAGAAAUCCUGCGCAUUCGAUUAAGCAAGGUGAAAGUUGAAAGUAAUUUUGAUAUGAUGGACAUUGGUAAAAAGACUGAAGGAUUCUCAGGUGCGGAAUUGAUCGAACUGUGUGAACAGGCUGUGCGCGAAGCCUUGAUGGAAGAUAGAGCUGCUCAUGAGCUUCAUUCACGGCAUUUUGAUUAA